AUGCCUGAAAGCUCCUCGAACCACCCAAUUCCCGGAGAACCGCCCAAUGCAGUUUUGACCGACUCCCGCCCGACAUCCGCUCGUCGUGACGAUCGGGAGGCGCUGGAGCUUCAUCAAAUCCAGACGCGCGAAGACGAUGAGUUGGACUAUUCUGAUCCCUCGGCUUCGUCCGGGGAGGAGUAUCGGAUGACUACAUAUCGUACCGCUUCUCGAGCUAGUACGCUAGACCGUGAAGCUGGUAAGGGACCGUGGAGUCGAAUCCGUCGCUUCUGGUGUCGGCAUGUCAUCUUGACGGUUCCUCAAAAGAGCAAUCGCGAUCAUUUUGCUCUGGAACGAACAUUUCUGGCCUAUAUUCGCACGUCCACUGUUAUGGCCAUGCAGGGCGUGCUCAUCGCUCAACUAUUCCGUCUACAGCGGCCAAACACUGAAGUUCAUCGUCUCUCCUUCCACGCGGUUGGCAUUCCACUCUCGGUCGCUUGCCACUUCGUUGCUGUCUUGGUCGCUUUGAUAGGUGCUUUUCGAUUCUGGAGACAGCAAAAUGCUAUUUCCAGAGGUAAAGUGCAUGCUGGCGGGUGGGAAAUGAAUUCUGUGGGGAUUUUUCUCUUCAUCGUUACUGUAGCAACAUUGGUGUUGUCUGUCAUCAUUCUGGUCCAGAUUGACCUGCAAUCGGCGGCUUGGCUCAAUCGAAUAUUCCGGUUAUGA